AUGGAGGCUGCGGCGGCCACCGCUUUUGUGGGUAGGAUUGCGCCGAAGCUCUUCGAUUUCUUAGCUGCAAAUCGCAAGCUUCGGCACGACCUCGAGCAUGACAUCAUCUACAUCAGAAACGAGUUUGCGUUGAUCUCUGCCAUCAUUCAGCAAGACGAUGACCGUCGCUGGAGUAGCGCGGACCACGUGCAGAGGGCGUGGAUCCAAAUCAUACGCAACUCGGCACACGCCAUCGAAGACUGCAUCGACCGCUUCGCGCCCCGCGUGGCGAUAUCCAGUAAGUCAUCAAUCCACAAGUUGAAGACGAUGAGGGCCCGUGAUGCGUUUGCCAAGGCAAUCGGUAAGCUGAAGAAGAUAUCAGAGGGGUCAUCCAAGCUGAGAACAACUUAUGAUAUCUCAUCGCCGUCGCCAUCGGUGGCAUCUGAGAGGAUAGAGAUGGGGAUAGACGACUCACUUUCUGCUCGCAGCCCCGUGGGUAUGGACACGCAACGGGACGAGCUUAUGGAGCUGAUCCAGAUGGAGGAGGAGGAGCUCAAGGUGAUCUCCAUUGUGGGCUUCAAUGGCAUAGGCAAGACUCUCCUUGCCAGACAUGUAUAUGACAGUAUGAGCCAAUACCAAGCGCGUGCUUGGGUUUGUGCCACAGAGCAAGGGCGUCCAACAGAUGUUCUCAAAGAGAUAAUCCAAAAACUUGGCAUCACCACAUCCACCAACGGCGGAGGUCGUCCCAGCAACCCCUGCGAAAUCCUGAGAUCACACCUUGGGACCAAGAGGUUCUUCAUUGUAAUUGAUGAUGCGCGGACAGAAUUCUGGCACGCUAUAAAAGAUGCCUUUGAGGGGUUGAGCGGCAGAAUUAUGGUGACGACAACCAUUCAGUCAGUAGCAAAUGCAUGCAGCAGCUCUGCUCAUGGUCAUGUGUACGUAAUGAGAACUCUUACCGAGAAAUACUCAAGACAGUUGUUCUACAAGGAAGCUUUGGGCCAAGACGACGAUCGAGAAGAUCAGCUUGGCUCGGAAGCUCUGAAGAAGUGCGACGGUCUACCCCUUGCUCUUGUUACCACAGCCCGGUACUUGCAAAGCACAGAUAAUCCAACGCGGGAAAACUGGGCGAAAUUGUGCCACAACCUUGGAGCACAUCUGGAAACAAAUGAGAUGUUAGCAAGAAUGAAACAUGUGCUUGUCCGUAGCUACACCAGUCUUGUUAAACAUGAUAUCAAGACAUGCCUGCUAUAUUUAGGUAUCUACCCAAGUGGUCGUGCAGUUAGAAAAAGAAGCCUGAUAAGGAAAUGGUUAGCUGAAGGGUUUAUCCAAGAAGAUUAUAUAUGUAGCACCAGAGAUGCCGCUCUCGGCAAUUUCAAUGAGCUAGUCAACCGGAGUAUCAUCCAGCCUACAGAUCAAGAUGCUAACAAGAGCAAAAAUAGCACAGAGAUGAAGACAUACCAUACUCAUGGCAUGAUGCUUGAGUUCAUCCUGCACCUGUCCAAGUGUGAUAACUUCAUCACCUUGUUAUAUGAUCAGCUGCCACCCCCAACACCAACCAGUAAAAUCCGUUGGCUUUCCAUGCAUGAUGCAAGUGCCAGCUUAGCAGCCAAUGAUCUAUCUCUUGUUCGGUCUCUAACAGUUUUUGGCAACACGCACAAAUCGGUCCUGGAUUUUUCAAAGUAUGAACUGCUGCGAGUUUUGGAUCUAGAAGAAUGUGGUAAUCAGUUGGAGGACAAGCACCUUAAAGAGAUAUGCAGCAACCUGUUGCUCCUCAAGUACCUAAGCCUCGGGGGCGCUGUUAAGGCACUUCCAGAGGAGAUCAAGAAGCUUCGGUUCUUGGAGACACUGGAUUUAAGAAAAACAUGGAUAGAGAUUCUGCCAACACAAGUCAUAAAGCUGCCAUGCCUGAUUCAUCUGUUUGGAAAGUUCAAGCUCCAACAAGGUGUAGGAGGCCGGAGAAUGCUCAAAUUACAGACUUGGUCUUCGGACAAUUGCAAAUUGGAAACUAUAGCAGGAUUUGUUGUGGACAACGACAACAAUAGCCACGGAUUUGCACAGCUCAUGGAGCAUAUGAAACAUUUGACAAAGGUGAAAAUAUGGCGCGAGCAGUCCACUAAUAAUAGUACCGAUCCCAUGGCCAGGCACAGCAACUUGAAUCGUCUAUCUGAGGCCAUUAAGGGGUUUAUCAAGAGAAGUACUGACUUGAAAAAAGCUCAUUCACUCUCACUGAAUUUCGCUAACGAAUGGUCCCAAGACUUGCUGGAUUUCUCCCUGGAAAAUCAAGAUUCCUCACCAAGUUGCUAUCUUAGCUCAGUCAAGCUACAUGGGAAAAAUAUAUGCAGCUUGCCUCCGUUUGUUACCAUGUUGGGUGGUCUCACUAAGUUGUGCCUUUCAUCCCCUCAUCAUCAGCUAAGCGGGGAUAUUCUUGCUGCCCUGAGCAGAGUGCGCUGCUUGGCGUACCUGAAGCUGAUUGCAUCUCAACUGGACAAACUCAUCAUCAUAAAAGGUGCACUCGGAAGCCUGCGACGCCUAUGUAUCGUGGUGGAAGUCAUGGCUGAGCUGGAAGUCCAAGAAGGAGCUCUGCCGCUCCUCGAGUCACUCUGUCUGCUAUGUAAGGAUCUAGAUGGCUUUUGCGGCACCACGAUCCAGUCCCUGCGACGUAUUAAGGAGGUCGCUCUCCAUGAUGGAGUAAACGAUGAAACAAAACAAAAGUGGAAGGAAGCAACAAAAAAUCACCCCAGACGUCCCAAGCUCUUGUUUGUUAAGACGGCCAAAGAGGUUGAUAUGGGAAUUGGACCUGAGGUGAAUUCUGAGAGCCCUGCGGUGUCAACUACUGAUACGACAUUAUCAGUUAUAGCGCCAAACGGUACCAGUUUUACUGAACAAUCUGUACAAGUUGAUGGUCCAGAACAUGAUGGUGAGAAAGAAGAUACAGAUAACAUUGAAUUCCAGGAUUUUGCAAGUAAAAUUUGUCUGGACCCUCCGAUGAACAAGGAAAAUUUUGAACAGGAGAUGGAAGGAGUAGUAAGUUUAGAGGAUCAGCAGAUGAAACAUGUCACUCAGUCUACUAAUCAGGCUGAUCAAGAUCUUAUACUUUUGGUGGUGAGCGAGAACAGAAGAAAGGGAGCUACGACUGUUGGUGAAGGCAACUCAAUGGACAAGGCUGCUGAUAGGGUGAAGUGCAAGAACCCGAAGGAUGUCCCAGAAACAGAACCUGCAAAACAAACAGUGCCUGGGCUCGCGGUUGCUGUCUCUGGUGGAAAUUGA